GCACAACAGGCGUAUGUAAGAUAAAUGAAAAUGAAAAAGAUACAUUCCUUCGUGCACUGAGGUAUAUGAAUACACAAAAAAUGUCUUAUUCAGUCAGAGGUUACAGGGAAAAAGUUUCCAUAAUUUUCCAAAGGCUUUUUACUCUUAUAACUUGAGUAGAGGAUUCAGUUCUAGGAGAAAAGAUGAAAGUUUAGGAGUUGUCUCCAUAUAUCCAGUCUGAUUCAGUGGCGUGCCAUCAAUUUGUGACGUGUUUUGUCAUUUUCAAUAGUUGCAUUUUGUACCACCAAUGAGGAAGCACUGUCUAACAACGCCUGGCCAAUAGGAGCAAGUUUCUAAAGGCAGUCACUUCCGGCCGGGUCAUCCCCAUGAGUGGCAGCAGUCUGGUGCAGAUUUCCCCCUAAACUGCCCUCACCACCAGGCACUUCUUUCGUUUCUCCACCCCUCAGCGUGGAGAGGGAAGUGAAAGCAGCGACAGCGACUAAUAUUAUUUCUCUUUUUUCAUUCUUCCUUUUUCCUCUGAAACUCACUUCUUACCUCCGCAGCUUAUAUUUUUGCUUUACGAAUCAAAUCCAGCAAGAGGCGCUCGUCAGCCACUCCGCUUCCAUCCACCUCCCCCUCCGUUCAGUCCAUUUUCCCUCUCGGUGUUAGCUAGCAAACUUACCCGGGCGACGCUAACUCUUGUCCCUCCAUCUGCUCGCCGACAUGCCGGAGUACCUAGACGACCCGUCUGUGCUCACCAAGGACAAGCUGAAGAGCGAGCUGCUGGCCCACAACGUGGAGCUGCCGAGCGGCAACCCGAACAAGGACGUGUACGUGCAGCUGUAUCUGAAGAACCUGACCGCUCAGAACAAGAAACAUGUCACCGCCACCACUCUGGACGCCUUCUCCAGCGACGAGGAGCUGCCGCCGCCCGUGGUCUCCAACAGAAGCCGCUCAUCCGGCAGAAAAGCCACCAGGAAAACAGACAAGGUUCCGCCAGAGGAGCUGGAUGUGACCAUGCUGACUGACGAGGGCCUGAGGGACGAGCUGCUCAAACACGGAGUGGACGCGGGGCCGAUUGUGGCGUCCACCCGUAAACUGUAUGAGAAGAAGCUGCAGAAGCUGCUGGACAAUGGUCCUGUGCAGCCGCCACAGCUGGUUCUCACAGAGAUACAAGUCAACCACAACGGCAAAUCUGAAUCAGACCUGUACAGUGACAAGGAGGACGAAGUGACACCAGAAUCAGAGCCUGUGGCAGAUCCUGAACCGGCUCCGCUGGUGGAGAGACCGGUGAGGAGCCGAGGGAAGACGCCGGUCACCACCCGCACCCGCAGCAGCCAGCACCACACGAUCCACAGGGAAGAACUGGGGCUGGCUCGUCCCAAACACAGUAAGGAUUCAUCUGACAAGCCCAUCGCUCUGCUCAAUACCGCUCUGCUAGAGGAACCUGAACCACAGAGGUCUGCCAGGCUUUCAUCCCCUCUGGUUCACCUCACCAGAGUCGAGCCACUCACCUUUAGACCCACGUGUAACAUCUCACCCAUUAAGCGUCAGGAGUCCCGCUGGACUGUGUCAGACCAGGUCUCUGCAGCAGGGGAGGAGGAGUUUGUCCCUCCGGAUGUCCAACUGGUUAAACAGCGGCAGCAGAAAAUCACCAGCUUCCUGUCCACGUGCAGCCCUGUGAGGACACACAGCUACACACCCACACUGUCAGAGGGUGUGUUGGUGAGACAGGUGGAGAAGAUCACAGCCAGUGACCAAAACCUGAAAGUGGAUGAGAGUGAUGUUCUGAAGGAGCUGUUCCCCAACGACAUCAACAGUCCAACAGGAAUCACCGCCACCUGUCGGCGACCCAUCCGAGGAGCGGCCGGUCGCCCGCUGAAGUCCAGUGACCUGUGGAACAGUGAGAACUGCCUCUUCUCCCCGAAAACCACCAAGACCAGCAGCUCCUCAUCCUCCUACACAGAGAGCUGCACUGUCAACAGAGUCACCAGCCUGCCCCCCUCCACCCCCUCCACCAGCUUCACCUCCUCUACCUCCACCUCCUCUUUCUCCAACUCCUCCUCCAGGCUUUUGUCUGCAGCUCCCCCUGCAGGCCCGACCAAAGCGGAGCGCCGCGGCAUGUCUCUGUGGAUUAAGCUGUUCCUGCUCGCCAUCGUGGCAGCGUUCCUGUUCUUGGUUUACCAGGCCAUGGAGACCAACACCAUCAACCCAUUUGUAGGCUCAGACACAGAUGUGGCCAGUAGCAGUGCAGCAUAGAGAGCACAGGACGUGUCUGAAGGGAGAGAGAAGCUUGCUUAUAUUAUUUCAUUUUUUAUAAGUGUGCAUUGUAGCCAUGUUGUUCACGGGUGCUGUGAAAUGACCUCUGACAUCAACGCCCGUUUGUUUGUUUCUUUUUCCUUCCUUUCUCAAUCUGUUUUUACCGAAUCCUGAGAGAGAUUUGACAAAGCCAUUUCAGUAACGCUUCGAGGAUCUCCAUGACACGUUGUGAAAGGACAGUACUGCAUCAGCUGUUGUUGUUUUGGUCCACCAAUUACCUCGCCGUCUGUGAGGUUACUACGAAGCCAGCCACUAAUCAACUCUGAGAAACACAAACAGUAGAUUUCAUAGAAAUAGGUGGACCUACUUUUUAUUGCCAUGGUGUGUGUGUGUGUUUGUGUGUGUGAGAGAGUAUGUGAGUGAGUGUGUUUGUACUGAAUGUGUGUGGUUCAGAUGUAUUUUUUUCACACUCUGCCUUAGUUUCUGUCUCUGUUGGUCAUUAACAGCGUUGAAGAUGGAGUUUGAACCUGUAAUUUUGUUUUGUACUCGACCAUCUUUGUUAAUGAGACAGGGAGGCUCGUUAUUAUAAUCCAAACGCUUCUUCUUAAACCCUACGCCAAUAUUUUCUUAAUGUUCUCUUAUAAUGAAUUUGAAUGUCCCAGUGUAUUCUACUUAAUUAUGUAUUCACUGUCACAAAUAUUGAAUAUCCACUCAAUAAACUACUAUGUUGUUACAAUG